UUUUUUCUUUCCCUACUUUGGCUCUGGUCAUUCCUAGGCCUACCUAUGAACUUACUUGUACACUCAAAAGUAUCCUGAGCUUUGUCACUCUGUGGCUUACCAAAAACAAAAGCUGAGAUUCUUAUUUUAUUUAUUUAAUUGAAAGGAAACAAGCUGAGUCAUCUACUGAAGCAGUUCACAUCUAACUAGGCUAGUUAACUGAAUUCGUUAGGGAGCACCAUGACUAAACACUCCACUAUAUAGUGGGCAGCAGGAGAUUAGGGUUGGAUAUAAGGUAACUAAGGAAAACCGCAGCUUUGUCUUGGUAGCUGUGCCUCCCCACUUUGCAGUUAAACAUUCAUGAAGCUGAAAUUUCUCCUGUUUUGUCAUAAACUAAGGGGUCAGGGCACUUUCCCAGUUGCAACCCCUACACUAAGGGAGGGUCUGCAUCUUUAAAAGACUGACUUCAUCAUAUAAUUUGCAUUGUGGUUAUGACAGGUUACCUAUACUGUUCUUUCAUUUACUGAAGAUUUACCCCAUCAUCCAUUGGCUUGGGAGAGCCAGACUUUGUAGUGAUGUUAUGGAUAGGCACACAACUCAACAAAUGUAUGCAGAAAAGGUGAAAAAAAAAAAACACAACCAAACCUGUCAGGGUAGGGUUGUCAUACCUGAUGGGUGAGUGGAAGAACCUAAACCCCGCCAAAAUUUACUAAAAGUUCGUAACAGUGUGGGGAAAUCUCUGUAUCUGCAGAGGUAGAACAAAGUUUCUGGCUGUUCUAGGUACCGGGGCGACUCGAUGCUUCACUGCUUCCUUCAGCUGGAGUAAUUCCACCAGCUGCUGUUUUGCUCGUGGUUUUGUUUUCUUCGCCGCUUCUACGUGCUACGCGAGCAGCUAUCAGCAGGCAGCCCACUCUCUGUGGCACUGUCCUGAAUACUUGAAAUCUACUUGCUGUCAGAAACCUCUGGGGGAUGAGGGCGAGGACAGCAAGAAGAAACAAAUAUACGAAAUAUAAGUAGUGGAAUCUUGAAUACAAGACACAGUAAAGAUAUGGAGAGGUGUGGAGAGACUAAGGUAGCUAAGGGGAGGAACUGAGCAAGGGCAAACCUAAGUGGUUAAUCCGGAGAGAAAGGGUGGGUACAAUAGGUGCUACUUAAAAUAAGAGGGUCGGGAGAGCGCCAAACGUCAGACGGCGGAGCCAGGCCUGAAUCUGUAAUCCCUGAUCCUGAGUCUGUGUCACCAGAAGCACAAGUUUCCUAAGAGUCUACAGAAAGAUCGCCCGUACAGCGCCUUCAAGGUUACCCAGAGCCCAUCCUUCCGCCCAGACGCCGGAAACGGAAGUGACCGCGUUGCACACUUCCGGUCCGGCUCCGGGAGGUGGCAGCGGCGUUGCGGACGGUGAGGAAGCUCUGCUCUGACAGCCUUGGGUGCCUGUGCGGUGGGCGGGGCGCUGGGCCCUCGACUGUGGCACAGUGUACCCCUUAGUGGGUUUGUCCUUGGCGAGGGACAGCAUCGGCCGACGUUUCUGGCGGGAUGCGACACCCUCUAGUGCGGGUCCCUGGGCGGGUUUGGGUUUGUCCUCGGUGUGCGUCCCUCCCAUCUCCUUGGUCGGGGCUGCUUCUACCCUCAGAGUUCCCUUUUGCCCCAGAGGCCGGAAAUCUGACAGUCCUCAAGCUGCCAUUGGAAGCAGAUUUGGUGGCGAUCCAGUACAGUUUUUUUAGUUUUUGAUUCUCUGUGUUCAGGUUUAUGAGUGGACUCUUUCUUGCAAAGCUUUUUUGGUUUUGGGUCAGCUUUCCUUUUGCAUCUGGCUUGUAACACUGCCACAGGAGUGCCUUUCACCUGUCAGCUGGAGUGGGGGACUCCAUGCCAGAGGGAUGGUUUGGUAUUAUGUUUAAUACCUAGUCCUGUAAAUAGAAUUAUACAAGUUUUAAUGUUUUGGGAAUGCUGAAGAUAACAUGUCAAACUAAAGCAAAAGAAAAAAAAAAAAGCCCGCAGUGAAUCAGUCCUGUUAGAAGUGGUUGUGGAAUCCUCUUUCUGUGGCCUGCUCAGAUUUCCUGUCUGGGUACGAGUAAUUUUAUAGUCAGAAGAUGAAGAUGGUGUUUGCAAUGCUGUUCCACUUGAAUGAAAAUGCAAAGAGAGAAAUACACAGGGAGAAGCUACAUAACUGGAAAUGUACAAUGGAUUUUAGUGGUUUUCUGAGACUACUUGGGAAUAGAGUGAAAGAUUCCAGAAGUGUACCUGUGGUAUGACAUGUGCAAAGAUUCUGCCUGCUUUUUGACAAUGAAGGAGACAGACCUGGAGGCUGUUGCAACAGCAGUCCAAAGGGUUGCUGGGAUGCUUCAGCGCCCAGACCAACUGGACAAAGUGGAGCAGUAUCGCAGAAGGGAAGCUCGGAAGAAGGCCUCUGUAGAGGCCAGGCUAAAGGCUGCAAUCCAGUCUCAACUAGAUGGGGUACGCACAGGCUUAAGCCAACUGCACAAUGCACUGAAUGACGUCAAGGAUAUCCAGCAGUCACUGGCUGAUGUCAGCAAGGACUGGAGGCAAAGCAUCAACACCAUUGAGAGUCUCAAAGAUGUAAAAGAUGCAGUGGUGCAGCAUAGCCAGCUGGCUGCAGCUGUGGAGAACCUCAAGAACAUAUUCUCAGUGCCUGAGAUUGUGAGGGAGACCCAAGAUCUCAUCGAGCAAGGGGCCCUCCUGCAAGCCCACCGGAAGCUAAUGGAUCUGGAGUGCUCUCGGGAUGGGCUAAUGUGUGAGCAGUACCGCAUGGACAGUGGGAACAAACGGGACAUGACCCUCAUUCAUGGCUACUUUGGUAGCACACAGGGGCUCUCUGAUGAGCUGGCUAAGCAGCUGUGGAUGGUGCUGCAAAGAUCACUGGUCACUGUCCGCCGGGAUCCUACCUUGCUGGUCUCCGUGGUCAGAAUCAUUGAAAGGGAAGAAAAAAUUGACAGGCGGAUACUUGAUCGAAAAAAGCAAACUGGGUUUGUUCCUCCUGGAAGGCCCAAAAACUGGAAAGAAAAAAUGUUUGCCAUCUUGGACAGAACUGUGACAACUAGAAUCGAAGGUACACAGGCAGACACCAGAGAAUCUGACAAGAUGUGGCUUGUGCGCCACCUGGAGAUCAUUAGGAAGUAUGUCCUGGAUGAUCUCAUUGUUGCCAAGAACCUGAUGGUCCAGUGCUUCCCUCCUCACUAUGAGAUCUUUAAGAACCUCCUGAGCAUGUACCACCAGGCCUUGAGCACUCGGAUGCAGGACCUUGCAUCAGAGGACCUUGAGGCCAACGAGAUUGUGAGCCUCUUGACAUGGGUCCUAAAUACCUACACCAGUGCAGAGAUGAUGGGGAAUGUGGAACUAGCCCCAGAAGUGGAUGUUAGUGCCCUGGAGCCCCUCCUCUCUCCAAACAUCGUCUCCGAGCUGCUUGACACAUACAUGUCAACACUCACGUCCAACAUCAUUGCCUGGCUUCGGAAAGCACUGGAAACAGACAAGAAAGACUGGAGCAAAGAGACAGAGCCAGAAGCAGACCAGGAUGGUUACUAUCAGACUACACUUCCUGCCAUUGUAUUCCAGAUGUUCGAACAGAAUCUUCAAGUUGCUGCUCAAAUAAGUGAAGAUUUGAAAACAAAGGUAUUAGUGUUGUGUCUUCAGCAAAUGAAUUCUUUCCUAAGUAGAUACAAAGAUGAAGCCCAGCUUUACAAAGAAGAGCACCUGAGAAACCGGCAACACCCACACUGUUAUGUGCAGUACAUGAUUGCCAUCAUCAAUAACUGCCAGACCUUCAAAGAAUCCAUCAUCAGUCUGAAAAGGAAGUACCUAAAAACUGAAGCAGAGGAGGGCCUGUGUCUGAGUCAGCCAAGCAUGGAUGGGAUUCUAGACGCCAUUGCUAAGGAAGGCUGCAGCAGUCUGCUAGAGGAGGUCUUCCUGGAUCUAGAGCAACAUCUGAAUGAGCUGAUGACAAAGAAGUGGUUGUUAGGGUCAAACGCUGUGGACAUCAUCUGUGUCACUGUAGAAGACUACUUCAAUGACUUUGCCAAAAUUAAAAAGCCAUAUAAAAAGAGAAUGACAGCUGAGGCACACAGACGUGUGGUGGUGGAAUACCUGCGGGCUGUCAUGCAGAAGCGUAUUUCCUUUCGGAGUGCUGAAGAGCGCAAGGAGGGCGCCGAGAAGAUGGUCAGAGAGGCUGAACAGCUCCGCUUCCUGUUCCGGAAGCUGGCGUCUGGAUUUGGUGAGGAUGCAGAUGGACACUGUGAUACAAUUGUUGCAGUGGCAGAGGUCAUUAAGCUCACAGACCCUUCUCUGCUCUAUCUAGAAGUCUCAACUCUGGUCAGCAAAUAUCCAGACAUCAGAGAUGACCACAUUGGUGCACUGCUGGCACUGCGAGGAGAUGCCAGCCGGGACAUGAAACAGACCAUCAUGGAGACGCUGGAGCAGGGCCCCAUGCAAGCAAGCCCCAACUAUGUACCCAUCUUCAAGGAGAUUGUUGUGCCCAGUCUGAACGUGGCAAAGCUCCUUAAGUAGCCCUGUCCUCCCUGCUGCCCUAUGUGUCUUUACUGUGUGGCUUCCCUGUUGUCACCAUAUUAAACCAAAAGUCCGUCUCUAGGUGCUUGGUGUGAUGUCAGUUACAUGUUCCUGUCUUCUGUGGCAUCACACUGUUCUCUACUAUGAGAAAAAAAGAUGUGUGAUGGGCAUCCCCUUUUCUUUCCUGCUGAAGUUUUGCUCUGCUUCAUUAGCACUUGGAACCUCUGCCACUUAAUUAAAGGAAAAGAAAGCCAGGAAGCUUUUCAUUCCUAGUUGUAGGUUCUUCUGACUGGUUGUGAUACAGCCAUGUCCAGAGGCUUCAGGAGAUCAUCAGAUCUCAGCUGAUGGAUGGUUGUCCUCUUGUUCCAGAGUUCCAGGGACUACCUUAAAUUUAACAAAGUUGGAGGCCCCGAUAGAGGAUGUCCACGUGACCUUGUACCACAUGGCCAUUCUUGAAUGUGUAGACUAAUGGAAUAUUUUCUUUCUACACUUGAUGACAGUGUUAACAUUCUGAUUUUAUUUCAUUCUUACAAAGUGUAAAAAAAAAAAUCACAAAUAACCCCUUUUCUAAGUGGAACUAAGUAAAAAUUCCUCUGGAACUCAGAAGAAACAUGAAUUUCUUAGAGGGACUGGCUGGUAUUGUUUUGAUCCAGGCCCUGCUUGACAAUCCACUCAGUGUGAAUGACAGCUGGGCAGUGAAAUGUACACUGAGAAGUAUUGACAAACAGCAAUGACCUUUGUGACAAAAGAUGCUUGUGUCUCCACUGAGGUUUCUCAGUGUAGGCUGCUGCUGGGCGUGUAGGGUAGACAUUAAAAUGACCACUGGAAUACCCACAUGGUUAAUGCCAUUUGGCUCUCAGGCCUUAGAGGUCAACAGAGGACAGGGGAAAUCAUAUUUGUGAACAGUGGGUAGUAGAAUCAUGGAGACAGGAUAGGAAUUGUUAGAAGUCAAGUGAUAGUACCAGGCUAUGUACUAGUGGGUAGACAGUGUUCAGUAAGAUACAGGGAAAGUAUGGCCAAGAACCUUUUUAGAAGACACCUAUGUACAGGAUUAGAUAGACUAUUCCAGUGAGUGGAUUGUGUCUGCAUAUAUCAGAGUUUAUAGUGUAUGCUUCCUGAACAGGGAUGUGUGGCUGCCAUUUGCCAGACAGGGAAGUGUUUUGAGAGAGAGCAGUGACCAGGUUAUUGAUCCCAUGAAAUGAGCUGUUAGACAUGAAAGGGUGUCUGCAGAUUAGCCAAGUCCCUUGACUGUUUUAGACAACCAAGGCAACUAUUAGAAAAGAAAGCAUUUAACUGGGGACUUGCUUACAAUUUCAAAGGUUUAGUCCAUUAACAUAAUGGAGAGGAGCAGAGCAUCAUACAGUUGAGUACUGGAGCAAUAGCUGAGAGCUGUUCUGAAGGCACAGACAGACAGACAGACAGACAGACUCUGAGCUUGACAUGGGCUUUUGAAACUUCAGAGCUCAUCCCUACCUCCUGACACACUUCUCCAAUAUGGCCGCCUCCUAAUCCUUUCAAAUAGUUCCACUCUGUGGUGACUAAGCAUUGAAGUAUAUGAGCCUAUGGAGGCCAUUCUUAUUCACACCACCAUAUUGACUUUAUUCAGUUGGGUCCAGGAUAAGUAGAUGUUCCAGGUCAUACUGGAUCACCAGUGAGAUGGAGAAGCAGCAAUGAGAUUGAUGCUGUUUCAUUCCCCUUUCCUCAUAUCUGUUGAUGCACAGUUCAGGUUGAUGGGUGAGCUCCCUCUAAAGAAGGAAAGCAUGGACAUCUAGACAUUUGAGUUCAGGAUGCCAGAACCAGGCCACCUCAACAAAGUCCUUUAAUGCAGAGUUCAGGGAGAGCUGAACAAGCAGAGCCACAUUGGGUCACUUCCUUUCUCACUGCAGUGGAAUGAAGUGUGACUUCUAAAAAGAAAGAUUGAGGUCUUAACCUUAGAACCCUGAAUCAGACUUGGGUUGAAAGUAGAAUCAUUGCAGGUGUGAUGUAACUUAAGGUAUUCAGUCACAUGGAAAUCGUGUGAGUACUUGCAUGGAGAUGCCAGCAGCCCUCAAAACCAAGAGGAGGCCUGGAAGGACUCCUUUCCUGACUCCUGGCAUGAAGCAGACUGUGACUCACACAGUGUUCUUUGCUAGUUUACCCGUUAUAUCUGCUUUAAGAUGACUCUAAACUUAACAGUUGAGAUUCCUCUUGUAAACAGCCAAUGUCUGGGAAUUCUGCUUUGAUAUGCAAUUUUAAAUGAUCUAAAAUUAAAAUAAAAAAUGUGUUGCGGGA